AUGGCGCACGGCAGUGGAAGGGAAGAGAUGUUUGAGCUAGAGGUUAAAGUCGAAGCUUUCAGUUGCAAAGACUCGGCUGGUAGGAAAUCAUACACCAAAGGGCGUGUGUUUAAGUGGAACAUAGAGUAUGGAUUCAUGACAUUGGACUUGCUGAUGAAAUCUGUGGCAUCUGAAUUGAAUCUGUACACUAACCAGACAACCACAGUUUGUUUCUAUGACAAAAGAUUGAAAGAGGAUGCCAUAUUAGUUGAUGAGAUACAAAUGAUUGAUUUAUUUGAAAUGUAUAAGGAGGAGAUGUGCUGCCUGGUUGUAGUACGAGUAUUUGAUAGGGAAAAAUGUUUGCAAUCUGAUUUUGAUGGCCUGGAGCCUUUGUGUACGAUCCUUCCUGAGCCGGCAGUUGUUGAGCCGCAGAUGCAGGCUAAAAUUGAGGAAGGUGCAGCUACUAGUAACAUGCCUAAGGAACCCACUAGUGCUUCUAAUGAGGAAGCUGAUGAGAUAGAGCCCGAUAGGGAGCCUGACAUAUUUGAUAAUGCUGAAGAGUAUGUGGGAGUUGAUGAUGAGGCCAUGUAUGGUACAUUGCCAGCUACCACUCAAUUUGACAAUGCUAACUUUGAUUCAAAUUCUGAGCCAAAUGCUGAAAUUAUUCAUGUUGAGGCAGAGGUGAAUGAUGCGGACCCUUUGGAGGUACAGGUACUGCAUGAUCUAGAGAACCCAAAAAUAGCGAAGGGGGAGCGCUUUCCUGAUAUAGUUGCAUUCAGAAAAGCCAUAAGACACUAUGCAGUGAAGACUGGGUUUGAAUUUGCUCCUGGUGGAAAAACAGACAAGUCAAGAUUCAUAGGAAAGUGUGCUGCAGGGGGGUGCCCUUGGAGAAUACAUGCUUCCACUAUUUUUGAUAAGAAAAUAGUAGAGAUCAAAGUGCUUCCUGCAGAGCACAAUUGUGCUACCACCAAGCUUAGAGAAGGCAAAAUGGCUAGUCAGGGCUGGUGUGCUGAUAGGCUUGGCGAUUGGGUGAAGAAUAAUCCAAAAAAGGGAGCAAAGGAGGCAAAAGAGAAACUAGAGGGUGACUAUGGUAUACAGUUGAAGUACUCAAAAGCUUGGUCUGGACUCAAGUUAGCCUUAGAUCAAAUUCAUGGUACGUAUGAGGAAAGUUUCCAAUUGAUUUUCAACUGGGCUGCUCAAUUGGAACUAAGUUCACCUGGAAGUCGCGUACAAAUUGAGGUAGAGAAAAUUGGUGGGAAGACAAGGUUUAAGAGGAUUUUUGUUGCUUUGAAGCCAUGUGUUGAUGGAUUCUUAGCUGGAUGUAGACCCUUUGUAGGAGUGGAUGCUUCUUUCCUGCAUGGUAAAUACACAGGACAGUUGGCUGCAGCAACAGGUGUUGAUGGGCAUAACUGGCUAUACCAUAUUGCAUAUGGUGUUUUUGACACAGAGAAUGAGGACAACUGGACAUGGUUCCUUGAGAAUUUGCAUACAGUCAUAGGAGACCCACCAGGACUUGUCUUAUGUUCAGAUGCUUGUAAAGGGUUGGAGAAAGCUAUAGAGGCUGUUUUUCCACAUGCUGAGAAUAGGGAGUGCAUGAGACACAUGUAUAGCAACUUCAUGAAACAUUACUCUGGGGAUAUUUUCACUGAACAUCUCUAUCCUGCUGCAAGGAACUACACAGAAGGCAUGUUCAAGUGGCAUAUGAAGAAAAUUUUUGACUUUGCUCCUGAGGCCAUUGAGUACCUUGAACAGAAUCAUAACAGGAUAUGGUAUAGAUGUGGAUUCUCAGAUGUUAGCAAAUGUGACUACUUAACUAAUAAUGUGUCUGAGAGUUUUAAUUCUCAAAUCAAGCACAUGAAAGGGCUUCUUCUACACGAGCUAGUUGACAGGUUAAGGGAGCUGAUAAUGGAGAAAAGAUACAUUAGAAAGAAGAUUGCAAAUGAAUGGGCUGAUGGUGUCCUACCAGCUGUAAAGAAGGAACUUAAUCUUAUAAGCAACAAUCUAAAGGUUGUCAAGGUUGCCACAAGUGAUGAGCACUUUGCCGAGGUGACACUGCUUGAUGACUGGAAUAACCAAAAGAGGCAUACAGUGGAUCUGAAAAAUAAGAGUUGUUCAUGCAGAGAAUGGCAAAUAACUGGCAAGCCAUGCAAGCAUGCCUUAGCAUGGAUAUGUUCUAAUAGAGGUAUGAAGAUAGAUGACUUUGUGCAUGAGUUCUACUCAGUUGCACGGUUCAGAACUGCCUAUGCAGGAAGGGUGGAAGCAAUGCCAGACAGGUCACAGUGGCCUGAAGUUGAUCUUGGUUUCAAGGUGUACCCACCUUUGUUGGGUAGAGCACCAGGAAGGCCAAAGGUGCAAAGGACAAGAGGUUGUCUGGAGAAAAAUGCCAACAAAAAGAAAGUGAAAUGCAGUCGAUGUCAAGGUUUUGGACACUUCGCCAAGACAUGCAAGCUUGGUAUGGUGGGAGAAGAUGGGGAGACGGCGCCCAGUAAGAAAAGGUAA